UUCUUGAAUUCCAAAAAGCUGUUCUUGUUUUUUGAAGUUAUGGUUGUCUUGGUUUUUUAUUUUUUAUUUUUUACGGGUCCAUUGAUCCCAGUACUUGAAGCCUUAUACUUGCGCUGGUUUAAGGUUUAAGCACGAUUUGUUGCUCGCAUAAUUUAUUGGGGGAUGAUUACAAGAUGUCUUAUAUUCAUGGAGCUUGGAGUUCCAAAGUUUUUGGGUUAUGAUGGUUGAGAGAACUGAAUUACUUGAUUUUAUGUUCUAGAUUCUGAUCUUUUUUCCAAAAAUCGAAGCAAUCAACUGAGAUAAUUGCAGAAAAAGUUUCAAAUUCUUGUUGGUUUCCCGUUGCAGUAACUCGACACAAGCUUUUAUUGAUCUGCAUAAUUCUUGAUUUGAAUCACGAUCUGGAAUCUGGUUCUGUACUUAAUUAUUUAUUUUUGGCCUUGUUUGCUAAUCUAAGUUACACAUAUUUAGUUUUUGUACAUUUAUGGAAAAAGAAAUUUGCCUUGCUAGAAUUUUUGGCAUUGGGGAAUCCGUUUAAUGGUAUUAGUUCUUUUAUGAUAUGUUUGAUGUUUUUCCCCAACUUCAUAUUUGUCAUAGGCUACUUUUUGUCUUAGCGAGUUUGUUUCCUUUACAAAGCUUGCAAAUUUUUGGAGAGAUUUAUCAGGAUUUGGUAUUAGGAAGUCUUCUUGGUAUGAAAGGAUGGUGAAUUACACAAUUAGACCCUAGCAAGCACUGAUGCCAAUAUAGAACAUGCGUAAGAUAUGAUACAAUGGAAAAUAUUGAAAAAUUAAGGAUAUUGCAGGGCAAUUUCUUAAUCAGUAUUUUAGUUAAUUUAGGAUUAAGAAAUGGGGUGGGUCCGAAGGGCCCUGCUUGGAGAGGUUCACCGACAUAAAAAAUAAAAAUAAAAAAAUAAAAUAAAAAGAAGAAGUUAAUUUAGGAUUAAGAAAUAAAUAAAAAUAAACUAAAUGUUUAAAAACACACAUACAGGUGAUUUUGAUCUAUAAUACAUAAUAUAUAAGCACGUUCAAUCCCUAUAAAAUUAUAUUUAUAAUAUAAUUAAACAAUCAUAAAAUCUAUCAGCAGUUGUAUAAUUCAACAACUCAACAAAAUUCAACAACAACAACAAUAAUAAAAGAAUUAAGGCCACAGAGUGACAGUUUGCUGGUGUGACAAGAGGAGGUAGGUACUAAAGGACUGGGCGCUGGUAUGAACCUCUGCUGUAUAUGCAGUGGUAUGAACCUCAAAUUGGAUGAUUCCGUAGCAGUGGUGGAACUAACAAGCUAAGUUUGAGCUUAUUUGUGUCUGAGUUGGAAACUGGCAUCCAGGGAUCUUGGAGUAGCUGUGCUUCAUAGAUUAUAGCCAUAUUUCCAUCUAACUGGUGGCUUGUUUGUGCCAAUUAAUGAUAUUCCUAAGACUCUUCCUAAGGCUCUAUUGUAACUAUUUAUAGAUCAAGAGUUGUUUUGUGUCUUGAUUUAUAAUUGGAUAAGACAUACGAUGAUUUGUAACAUAUAGCUGGCAGCUUUCCUUUCCGUGAAUAAGAAAUAAAGGAAUGCAAUCAACAGCUUGGGAUUUUAUUAUGAACCUUUACAAAAUAUUUUUGAUAAGUAAAAUGAAAAACUUGAAUAUAAUGUAAACAAGAAAAACCUAGAAAGGAUGGAGGGGGGGCGGGGGGAAUACAUUUGGUAACAUAAGUGCAGGAAAAGAACAAGGCGAUAUUUUGAUAGCCUUCAAAGAGAACUGUUACAAUUGCUGAAAUCAGAUCAUGUUUUCUUUCAAUGGAUUUGAUAUGGGGCAGUUCUGUUUAUGCUUCCUUGUUCAAAGUGGUUAAUUGCUCAGACACCAUUAAAGAUGCCAUCAUCAUAGAAGCUUCUGCCGCAAAGUUUGUUCCAAUUAUUCGUUCUGGUAGCUAUGCUGAUAUUGGACCAAGGAUAUCCAUGGAUGAUGAACACAUUCAAAUUGAUGAUCUAUCUUCCUACAUGGGUUCCUUAUUCAGGUGCCAUAUGCCUAGUGCUUUUUAUGCAGUAUUUGAUGGUCAUGGAGGGCCUGAUGCAGCUACUUAUAUUAAGAAAAAUGCUAUGAGAUUAUUUUUUGAAGAUGCUGAUUUGCCCAAAACAUCCGAUAUCGAUGCCAUCUACUUAAAAGAGUUGGAGGAUUCUCAUCGAAAAGCAUUUUUAUUGGCAGAUCUUGCCUUGGCCAAGGAAUGCAGUGUUAGCAAUUCCUGUGGAACAACAGCACUGACUGCACUAAUACUUGGAAGGCAUUUACUGGUUGCAAAUGCUGGUGACUGUCGAGCAGUACUCUGCCGGAAAGGACAAGCAGUUGAGAUGUCUCAAGAUCAUAAGCCUUCUUAUCUACCAGAACGAAAGCGGGUUGAGGAAUUAGGUGGCAAGAUCAAUGACGGUUAUCUCAAUGAUCUCAGUGUCACCCGAGCCCUUGGAGACUGGGACUUGAAAUUCCCACCUGGUUCUGCAUCACCUCUCAGCGCUGAACCAGAUGUUCAACAGGUUGUGUUAACAGCUGAUGAUGAGUUCUUGAUUAUAGGUUGUGAUGGGAUCUGGGAUGUCAUGUCUAGCCAGUAUGCAGUCAGUUUUGUCCGCCGAGGAUUGAGGAAGCAUGAUGAUCCACAGCAGUGUGCCAGGGAUCUGGUCAUGGAAGCAUUACGCUUAAAUACAUCCGAUAAUGUCACCGUGCUUGUUAUCUGCUUAUCUCACCCUUCUCGUGAACAUACUGUUGAGUCAUGUCCUAGACGACAACGGUGGAGGCCUUGUUGUCUUUCUGAGGAGGCUCGACAUAGAUUGAAGAGCUUGCUAGAAGGGAACUGAAUUUAAAGAAUCCAUUUUAUUUACUGAUAUUUUAAUGUGAGGAUUUUUUUUACCCCCAGUAAUGGCUGUUUCAGAUAGUUUAGAGAAAGCGGCUAGCAAUUUUGCCGGGGUUGAAAGAGAAUUUGGGUUUUGUCCGAACCCUUCAAUUGGAAGCUGUGUUUGUCAUUGCCGAACAUUUUGAAUUGGACUCAUUAGAUGAGGGAUAUGUCUUAUAACAGGAUCUCUAGUGCAAGAGAUUCAGUUACACAGUUAUAAGCAAAUGGACUCAAGACAAGUGUCAUUGAUUGUAUAUUUGUGAUAUAUGUAUGUUUCACUGUA